AUGUAUCUGGUUGCCACCGUCUGCAUCAUGAUGAGCUUUUUGGAAGAAGUGAAUGGUUUCUGUCCUUCUCAGUGCACUUGCAUUUACCACGGCAGAAGUGAUGGCACGGGAACAAGGUCUGUGCUAUGCAAUGAUCCUGAUAUGUUUGAGAUCCCGGUAAACGUUCCUGUAGAUACAGUAAAACUCCGGAUAGAAAAGACUGUCAUACGAAAGAUCCCAACAGAAGCCUUCUACUACUUGGUGGAUCUCAAGUACCUGUGGCUCACCUACAACUCUUUGGCUAGCAUUGACACCAGCAGUUUUUAUAACUUAAAGCAGCUGCAUGAGUUGCGUCUUGAUGGGAAUUUGCUUUCAAAUUUUCCUUGGGAAUCUUUGGCCGAGAUGCCCAACCUACGAACCCUUGAUUUACACAACAAUAAAGUGACCAGUAUUCCAGCUGAAGCUAGCAGGUAUCUGAGAAACCUCACUUACUUGGAUUUAUCAAGCAACAAAUUAACUUCCCUGCCAUCAGACCUUAUGGAUACAUGGCUUGCUCUUUCUGAAGCAGGAUUGCCUAGAAAUGCAGACUCAGUAACACAGAGGGUCAUAAUAGGUUUGCAGGACAAUCCAUGGUACUGUGACUGUCGGAUUUCAAAGCUAAUUGAAUUUUCCAAAAUUGUGGAUACCACAGUUGUGCUUCUGGACCCUUUUGUGGCCUGUAGUGGACCUGAGAGUCUGGCUGGUAUCUUAUUUCAAAGGGCAGAACUGGAACAGUGUUUGAAACCAUCAGUCAUGACUUCAGCCACAAAGAUCACCUCACCCCUAGGAAGCAACGUCCUGCUACGCUGUGAUGCAACUGGCUAUCCUACCCCACAACUUACCUGGGUUAGAUCAGACAACAUACCAGUGAACUAUACAGUUAUUCAAGAAAGUCCAGGAGAUGGUGUCCGAUGGUCCAUCAUAAGCCUGACCGGCAUUUCUUACAAGGAUGCAGGUGACUACAGAUGCAAAGCCAAAAAUUUGGCUGGAAUGUCAGAAGCUUCUGUUACUGUCAGUGUGGUCGGUGUUGUCACUACACUGUCUCCCCUAAGGUUUGGGAAGAAGACUGGAACAGACCAGCCAAACACCACCCAAGAAGAGUUCAAACAAGAAUCUUUAAAUGCAACCACUUCUCCUCUUCCUGCAGUAUCAACGCUGCUUGCCACAACAGCAGUGGCUACCACUGAAAAGUCUACAACCACCACUGACAAAAAGGAACCCAAGUCCAUGCCUGAUGGAAAAAGGAAUUCCAAGACUGUUUCCAAUGGAAGCAAAAAGCAACCAGAUGAUACCAGUGUGAAGAAUAAUGGCACAUCACUCAGUGCAGCAACAACUGAGCAAACAGUUGCAGUAAAGAACUUAAGAGUCAUCCCUGAAACCGAUGAAAGAGUGACUUUAAUGUGGAAAACUGCCAAUGCUGCAAGCAACUCUGCCCUGACCGUGCUGUACUCCAAGUAUGGGGGAAAAGACAUGCUUCCGCUGAGCACAGACCCCGCAAAAAACAAAGUGACCAUUGAUGGUUUAGAGCCCGGCACACAGUACAUGGCCUGCGUAUGUCCCAAAGGGACUCCACCCACAAAAGAUCAAUGCAUUGUUUUCUCCACUGAAGGAAUGAGUGUGGAAGAGGAUUCUCAGGUUUCCAUUUUGCUGGUGGCUAGUGGAGUAGCUUGUGUUGUUGUUCUACCCGUGAUUUUUUUUUUACUGUAUAAAGUCUUCAUGCUUCACAGGAAACCAAAGUUGACUGGGGAAGCUGACCAUGAAAAAGAGACCUAUGUCAAAUUUGAAACUCUGUCCCUUAAACCGCGCUCUGUGGGAGCAGGUGGGGAGCUCUGGGCUCGCCGGAACACUGAGGAGUCAGAAAGGCUGCUACUUUGUUCAAGAUCAAGCAUGGAUUCUCAGAUGACAUUCAAAAGUGAAGGUUCACGGUCAGAGUACUUCUGCUGACUCUGGGUAUUCUGUGGACAAUCUGAAGGUCCCUGGGAGGGAGAAAGUGACUAUGUACUGUAGUCUUGUGUCCGAUAUUCGACCAGUGCCAGGUAUGAAACAUCAAACACAGCAUUGGAUAGGAUUCAAAGUAACUUGUGGUGGGAUAUGGUAAAGAAAUAAUGCCUCUUUCAAAAACUAACGUUUUGUGACUUAAUGAGUUUUUGAAGCAACUUUGCCUGAUUUAUAUUCUCUCAAUACCUUUUUAUUGAUCUCGCAUUUGUUGUAUUUUGUGUAUAAAAAUGUA